AUGAAGACGCCGCAGGUCUACACAAUAGAGAACAUAUUGGCCAUUAAAUGCAAGAGCCAAUCACCGGCCAGCGAAUCAGAGCAGAAGUUCGCUCCAGACCCCCAAGGGGGGGUUGAGGGCACUGACCUAGAGAAGCCUAGGAAGGUACGUCGGUCGCGCACGACGUUCACGACGUACCAGCUGCACCAGUUGGAACGUGCGUUCGACAAGACGCAGUACCCCGACGUCUUCACCAGAGAGGAGCUCGCGCUCAACCUCGACCUGUCCGAGGCCAGGGUCCAGGUUUGGUUCCAGAACCGACGUGCCAAGUGGCGUAAGCGCGAGAAGGCUUUAGGGAGAGAGUCCCCCUCACCCUACAUGGGGGCGGCGCCCCUCCCCGAGGGUAUGAUGCCCCCUACCCUCACCGAGGGCAUGAUGCCCCCUACCCUCACUCCUCCCCAUCACCCUCCACCCUCAUCCCCAGCAGCAGCAGCAGCACUAGCAGCAGCAGCUGCUGCAGAUUUUUUCAAGCUGCAGGCGUUCCAUGCGCUGCAUUUUAACGCGUUUCUGCCACCGAUGGCCACCCAAAAAUCACCCUUAAAUCCCGGUCAUCCACUGCAGGGGUUGUUUCACCCCUAUAUGCUCCCCACAUCCCUCCCCCUGCACGUCUUCCCCCCCAGCAACAUGGUGGUGUCCCCGGUGGGGUCUCCUGACGGGGCUGUUUCCCCAUCCACGUCCCCAGCGUCCCACGUCCCCUCGUCUUCAAGUCCCCAUUUUAUAAGCGUCACGUCCACAGAGGGGACUUCCUCCCUCAUUAAUCCCCUCACUUCCCUCUCCCACAUGGUGUCCUCCCCCUCUCCCCUCGGUCUGGGGAGGACGGUCACGUCCACAAACGCCCUCCUCUUCCCUGGGGACUCGAGGGGAAAUUCUGUGGACUUGCUGAGGCUAAAGGCCCGUCAGCACCAGGCCUUGCUGGACCAUCUGUCCAGCGAUGUCCAGCACAUGGCGUCCAGCAAGUAAUGUCCAGCGAUG